AUGGCCGCCACCACGACUCCUUUGACGAUCGCACAAGGAGGGCGGCUCUACGGCAAGCUGUCGUCGUGGGAUGCCUACGCGCCCGUGAGUACGGCGGCGCUGGUGCUGACCCUCGCCUCCACGGUGCUCGCCGCCUUCCCCUCGCCCCUGCCCGGCUUCUCCGACGACCCGGCCAAGGUGGCCUCGCUCAUGCGCUGGGCGCUCUGGAUGAUGAACUCGCCGCCCCGCACCCGGGAGACGGAUACCGAGCUGUCUGUCGCAGCGCCGUCGCAGUUCUUCUUCAGCGAAACGAUCAGUCAGCUGGAGCGCCACAUCGCGUGCGCGUCGGUGGACCACCUGGUGGGCGCGUCGCAGCGCACGCCCAUCCACGGCCCGGCUGCUGGCCAUCCGCUACACAUGAUCCAGGACGUCAACUUCAAGACCCUCAAGGCCACCAACGUCGACGCUUCGACCGACGGUGGUGGAUCGAAGCAGAUCGCCGACUGGCGGCGCCUCCUGCUCGGCCGCCUGCUGGCCUGCCUGACCCGCAAGGCCACCAACCUCGUGCUGCCCAUCACGUGUCCGCGAGCAUCAGCCCCCGAGGGCCUCACCUCCGCCCAGACCAUCCCCGAGGAGUAUGAGUACCUGGCGGUCUGCGCAUGGCUCUCCAUCAAGGAGGUGGGCCUCCUGCUCGGCUCCCUCGUCAACGCCGUGCCCGUGCCCUCGCCCAAUCAGAAAAGAGGUAGGUGGGUGAUGGCCGAGAAGGGCAUCAAGGAGGCCGGCGACCUGUGCAUGCACAUCAUGCUGUCCUCGCGCCACAGGGGCGCCCUGGAGAAGUCUGUGCCUUCGCUGGUGCCUCCGGCACAUAUGGCCACCAAGUCUGCCGGUGAGUGGGGCAUCCUCAUCGAAACCGAAGUAGCAAAGAUCAAGAGGAUGAAGAUGAGCGUGUUCCGCUCGGUGAAGCUGGAGACGUCGGAUCUGGACUUACCCGACGAGUGCGUAGUGGGCAUCGGCAUCCCCGGGCUGUCAAUCUACGAUCCCGUCUCCCACCUCUUAGGCAAAAACUGCGGCGCGUUCCCUACUGGGACGUGUACGAGAUCAGCUUCACCCGUCAAUUCCUGCACCCUCACCACCACGGCCGAAACGGGGGCGAUCAAAUUCCUCACCCUGGAGGGAGUCGAAAUGGCCAGCAUCAUGGAAGACUACAUGUUCUGGCUGCGAGAGGAUUCUUGGGACCGGAGCCUUCUUUCGUUCCACAAGGGCGAGAUCGUCACCAUCAUUUCCAGGGAUGCCUCCGGAUGGUGGAAGGGCAAAAUCGAAGACAAGGUCGGCCAGUUCCCCAAGGACAACGUGGAGGUCCUCAUUCUCAAACCGGGCAGCACCGGCAAGGACUACGCCGAGUCGCCGCGCGCGCCAUCCCUGAAACAGCGGCUCAUGAACGGAGGACUGGCCAGCAGCGACGAAAGCGAACAAAGCGGCGGUGUGGCCAAGCCCACGGAGAUGAAGGGAGUGGCGCGCAUGAACAGCCGGGCCUACUAUCAGCAGUUGAACUCGAGCGGCGGCCUGGCCGACACCGACACCCGCACCGUCUACGCGCCGUCGAGCAACGUCAAGCGCUACCCGCUCGCCGAGUACGCGACCAAGCACUUCAACAUCGAGGAGCGCACCAAGGAGGAGAAGAUCAACCCCACGCCGGGCAUGACGGCCGCCGACGUCCUGACCACCUACUCCGACAGCCCGCUCAAGUGCCCGCUCCACAAGGGGCUCGACGAGGCGUCGGUCAAGAUCGUGAUUGACAUCUCCCAGCUCCAGUUCCGGCUGCUCGAGCGGAAGCGGGCACAGGAGCACCAGAGGACCGCAGCCAGCGCCGUCCUCUUCAGGAACGGCAAGUUCGGCCACGAAGGGAAGAAGGCCAAGAAGAAGCGGACGCUGGUGCCCGAGUUCGAGGUCCUCGGGUGGCGGUCCUCGGAUGGCGGUCCUCGGAUGGCGGUCCUCAAGCGCGAGCGACCUGCCGUUGAGAGAUAG